AAAAUAAUGUGGCAGUGGUAUUCACUAACAGAUGAUGGUCAUCCAGCUCUCAAAUGACGUGGAAGUGCUCCAGGCCUUCAAUGAGGCAGAGAAGCUCUGAUUGAACAAGUAGCAGAACUUGAUGCAGUGCCUGCAGGGAAGUUGCAGGAGGCAGUGAGGAGAGUGACAUUAGCUCAUAAGGGAGUGCCUGUAUUGUGUGGAAGCUAAAGGGGUUCAGCCUCUGCUGGAUGCCAUCACUGCAUAUCUCCCCGCCCCCAAAGAGAGGCAUCAUGACCUGGUGUCCUGUGUUGGGUUUUCCUGUACAGGGAGUUCAAACAGUUAUCCAGAAUGUAAGUUUGGAACCAGGCACUUCUGCAGCCAUGGUGUCAGCCUGUGUGUCCUGCUGAAUGCUCAAGGGAGAGAAUGAGUCGUCUUCUUUUGCCUUUUGCUGAUCAGCAUGUAGAGAUCCCUUUCUAGUCUGCAGGUCACGGUGGGACUCAAACAGACAGUGACAGGUGACACCAUCAUCUCGUCCAAAGCCUCUGCAGCAGCUGCAGUGCAGAGAGCUCAUGAGGAAAUGGAGAGCAAGAAGGACAUGCGUAGGGAGAGCCACAAUCUGGUGCUUGCAAGGGGUGGAAGUCCCUGAGCCUGUCUUCUUCUGUUCCAUUGAGCCUCCUUCUAUGGCCAAACAAGGAGAUCUAGAGCAUGCGCUCACCUUCCUGCAGAGGUAAGACCCCAGUCUAAAAAUCAGAACAGACCCCGACUCUGGACAGUUAAAUGAGCAACUGCUAGAACUCAUUUGCACAGUGGUUUGAACACCCCUGUUCUAGAGCAAACAAUAACAAUGCAUAGAAAAUCCUGUUUUUGCAAUCUCUCUUUCUCAUUAAUUAUCCCACUCCACAACUCAUGCAUUUAUGCACCAAUAUAUGCAUAAACAAACCCACAUUUGCACACGGACGAUACUGUGUGGCAUGGGGGAGCUGCACAUUGAGAUUAUCCAUGAUCACAUCAAGAGGGAGUACAACACUGAAACCCAUCUAGGAUCUUUGCAGGUAGCCUACAGAGAGACCAUCCUCCAAUCAGCAUCUACCACAGACACAAUAGAUUGUACCCUGGGAGAUAAGAGGCAUGCUGUUAUUGUGGAGCUUGCAGUCCAUGCUUGGACGGAGUCUGCCCCUUCCUGUGACAUCACUUAUAAAGAGGAAGUACAAGCCCAGCUCUCUGCUGAUGUCAGAGAGGCAGCAGAGAAUGGAGUUCAAAGUGCAUACCUCCAAGGUCCUGUGUUGGGUUUUCCUGUACAGGGAGUUCAAACAGUUAUCCAGAAUGUAAGUUUGGAACCAGGCACUUCUGCAGCCAUGGUGUCAACCUGUGUGUCUUGCUGCAUGCUCAAGGCUCUGAGGCAGGCAGGAGGGCAGGUGUUGGAGCCGGUGAUGGCUCUGAAAGUGGCAAUGGGGGAGGAACAUCUGAGUCCUGUUCUUGCAGACCUCGCCCAGUGACGCAGCACUGUGUGCGACAUCCAAAGUCGGCAGGAAAACAAGGUUUUGCUGGCUACAGUACCUUUGGCAGAGAUGAUGGAUUCAAUGAAAAUGUCUGUCUGUGUCCACGAGAACCGCAAGUCUCGUGCUAGCAUGGGCUCUAUGAACAUCUACCUGUUCCACAAGUCCUCAUAUGCUGACAAUGUGCUAAUGCACCUGAAUGCUCUUCGUCAGCAGAGGCUCUUCACUGAUGUUCUGCUUCAUGCAGGAAACCGCUCUUUUCCAUGCCACAGGGCUGUGCUGGCCGCCUGCAGCCGCUAUUUUGAGGCCAUGUUCAGCGGAGGGCUGAGAGAGAGUCAGGAUGGUGAAGUGGACUUCAGGGACUCAAUUCAUCCUGAGGUGUUGGAGCUCCUUCUGGACUAUGCAUACUCAUCAAGAGUGAUAAUAAACGAGGAGAAUGCAGAGUCUCUGCUUGAGGCAGGUGACAUGCUGGAGUUUCAGGACAUCCGAGAUGCCUGUGCCGAGUUUCUCGAGAAGAACCUCCACCCAUCCAACUGCCUGGGUAUGCUGCUGCUCUCCGAUGCCCACCAGUGCACCCAGCUGUUUCAGCUGUCCUGGAGCAUGUGUCUCGGCAAUUUUCCUGCUAUCUGCAAGACUGAAGAGUUUCUACAGCUGCCCAAGGACAUGCUGAUCCAACUGCUGGCACACGAGGAGCUUGAAACAGAGGACGAGCGUCUGGUCUACGAGUCGGCGCUCAACUGGGUGAACUAUGAUCUUGAGAGGAGGCACUGUGACCUUCCAGAGCUGCUGCGUACCGUGCGUCUGGCUCUCCUGCCUGCCAUCUUUCUCAUGGAGAAUGUCUCCACAGAGGAGCUCAUCAUCGCACAAGCCAAAAGCAAAGAGCUAGUUGAUGAGGCCAUCCGCUGCAAAUUGCGCAUCUUGCAAAAUGAUGGCGUCGUCAACAGUCCUUGUGCGCGGCCUCGAAAGACCAGUCAUGCCCUUUUCCUGCUUGGUGGCCCCACAUUUAUGUGUGACAAGCUCUAUCUGGUGGAUCAGAAGGCCAAAGAGAUCAUUCCAAAGGCAGACAUCCCCAGCCCACGCAAGGAGUUCAGUGCCUGCGCAAUUGGCUGCAAAGUGUAUGUGACGGGGGGCCGGGGCUCGGAGAACGGUGUGUCUAAGGACGUUUGGGUUUAUGAUACAUUACAUGAAGAAUGGUCCAAAGCAGCUCCAAUGCUGAUAGCACGUUUCGGUCAUGGAUCAGCAGAGUUACGCCACUGCUUGUAUGUUGUCGGAGGUCACACAGCUGCCACUGGCUGUCUGCCUGCUUCACCAUCUGUGUCCUUGAAGCAGGUAGAGCAGUUUGACCCAGUUGCUAACAAGUGGAGUAUGGUAGCACCGCUACGAGAGGGAGUAAGCAAUGCAGCUGUUGUCAGUGUAAAGCUCAAGUUGUUUGCCUUUGGAGGGACAAGUGUGGCCCAUGACAAGCUACCUAAAGUUCAGUGCUACGAUCCUUCUGAAAAUCGAUGGACCGUCCCAGCUUCCUGCCCACAACCAUGGCGCUACACUGCAGCUGCUGUUCUCGGAAACCAGAUCUUUGUAAUGGGGGGUGACACCGAAUUCUCCGCUUGCUCUGCAUACAAAUUCAGCAGCGACUCUCAUCAGUGGACCAAGGUGGGAGAUGUUACAGCGAAACGAAUGAGUUGCCAGGCGGUGGCCUCUGGAAAUAAACUUUAUGUAGUUGGUGGCUACUUUGGUACACAGCGCUGUAAAACACUAGACUGCUAUGACCCCACAUUGGAUGCCUGGAACAGCAUAACUACCGUACCUUAUUCCUUAAUCCCCACUGCCUUUGUCAGCACCUGGAAACACCUCCCAGCCUAAUGCACGUCUGUACUCACCUGUGUGACCCUAGUAUUCCUAAGAGGCAGAUUUUCUUGUAUCCCUUUGUCGUUACUGUCUACUGGAUUCGAACUGUGAAGAAAUGCACUAUAACCCUUCUGUGCAAAGUUAUGAAGAUCUUAAUGUGUGUGAUGUCCAGUCACAAAGCUUUUUCUGCUGCAAGUGCACCAAAAUGUUUGAACUUCUGAUGUUUCAAGUAUAUGUCAUACCUAUAUUUUGUGGAGUAUCAGAACAUGGGCUUCACCUUAAACCAAAAGAGCUGCAAUGUGUCCUACAAGACCAGUCUACUUCCAGCGUAUUUCCAUCAUAACCAGCAUAACUAUCAUUUUUGUUCCCCACAUUUGUGUAUUUUGACUUUGUACAAUGCUGAUGCCAUGCAAGCUAAAAUAGACUCCUAUGCCUGUCUAAAUUUGUAUACUGCAUGAAGGACGAGUGAAAGCAUUUGAUUCGGAGAUCAACAUUAGACUCAACGCAUGAUUGGAGGAUUAAAAACUCCCACUUUUGGACAGGUACCUCAUUUCCUGUUAUGCAUCUACCUUCUCUUCUCCCAUGGUUAUCUUAAAAAUGGAUUCUGCUCAGAAUGAGAUGCUGAGGCAUUAUAUUGACUCUUAAUGGACGACGAUAAACUUACGAUUUUGCUGGUUUGAGCAAGCAUUUUUUUACGUAUCUGUCCUUCACACCUCUGUAGGAGGAAGACAGAUUGAUGCUGGACUGUUCCUGAUGAACAGACCUUACCUUGGUGUGAAAAUGGACAAGGGUACAGAGUGUCCCAAGGUACACACACCAGCUGUGUAUAUGUGACUAAGUGAGUACGGGAGAGGCAUGUCACGGCAUGUUAGUCUGAGUGAAAACCCAACUGACCCCACUCAGCCCCCUUCCCACAAUACACUAUCAUACCCCCACCCCUUUCAAAACAAACAGUGUGAGCAUACCCUCUGAUGACGACAAGUAACAACCAACAAACAUUAUCCUUACAUUAAUACCUUCAAUGGACUGAUUAACUGGUGUUUAAAGUUUCUCCUGCAAGAGGCUCGUUGAGUUGUGUGAGAAACAUCUGCUUUGCGGUUUUGCCUGUACUAUUCUAAGCACAUACAGUCACAGUAAACGUGAACGACAGAAGGAGAGUGAGAAAGGUGUCAUUUCGUCACCCUGUAAGGGAAUGCAGUCUCUAUGGCAACAACAACAGGAAAAACCUGAACUGUAAAUUUAAAGGAAAGGUUCAAGAAACUGGUUGUCUUAAAAUAUUUCAGUGUCUAAUAAUUGUCUUUAAUUUAUGAUGGUUUUUUUAAGGCUUUUGUUUUAUCCACUGUGUAUUAAUAUUUUGUUUAUAUUCUUUAUUUAUUUUUCUGCUUGCGUACAUGUUUGGAUGUUUGAAAGUCGCCAGGUUUUUGUACCGCGCAUAGCCCAAUAUGCUCUGUUCCUGCUGUCCUUUUGCACAUUUAGGGAAGGUAAUUUUGACUGAGCGGGUGGAAUUUGUAGUGGUCAGCGAACGCUUGAGUCCCUUGCUCAUCUGAUCAAAAACAGGGAGGCUUGGGGGUCAUAGGUCGUUGACAGGAUAAGAAUGGGCUGAAUGAUUGUCACUGGUUCAUAUUACCCAGGGUGGUAUGGGGGAGGCAUUCACACAACUUAUUGGGACUGGAUGAUAAUCAGAAUUAGACUGUUUCUGCACACUAGACAAAUCAACAAAAUUCACAAUGGUCCACAUACUUCAAAUAAUGUUCUUGCUGUACCUAAAUUAUGUUUAGCAAAACUUCUGGUGUACUUUAACAAUCAGUAUUUAAUCACACGUCAAAUGUUUGUGGUAUUAGACGAUAUAAUUUAACCACAAAACUCUAUAUAAAAAAUUGUGAUUUAACUACUAAUAACCAGACUACAAUGUUAGCAUAGUUUGUUGCCCCUGACAAGUGGGUUCAACCAGUGCUCCGUGACCCCAUGCCAAACUCAGUCCAGUAUGCACCCUCUCUAACCCUGCCUUGCAUCAAUCACUCUGUCAGUGCUGGAUCGCUGUUGGUUGUAAGGAACCUGUAGAGCUAUCUGAGGAAUGUGACAUCCGCAGCUGCUCUCCAAACAGCUGGAACUGUCACUAGCAUGCCGUAACUCUGUACACUGAACUUAAAGGGACAGUCAGUGGAAGCAUUGUUAGCAGUAUGAUUGGAUUCUGAAUAUAACACAGUCACCUCGCUGGAUGUUAGUUACUACUGACUGUGGUUAAAAAAAAAAAAAAAAAUGUUGAUACUUCUCUGCAGAGCUUGGUUUUGUUGCAGCCUCCACCUGUUACAGCUUGCAACUAUGCUAGUUGAAAAUAUGCUAUAUUUCAUCAGGUGCGCUGCAAAAAAGUUAUUUUCUUACUCUGUAUUUUAGUCUUUCCAGUGGGGAAAAAAAACUAAUUCUUUUAAAAGAUCAGUUUACUGGAAGCAAAACUGCCAAGAUAUUAAGUCUUAUUUGUAAAAAAAAAAAUUGUAACUAAAUUUAGUAAGGUUUAUGCUUCAAACAAAGAAAAAGAAAAAUGAGGUAAGAAAGAUAACAUUGUUUUCCCUUUAAAUUGAUUUUGUUUUGCUUACCCAAUUGGCAAAUAGUUUGUUUUUGUUCCUGGUAUAAACCUAAAACAUUUUUAUUAGAUAUAUCUGAAAACAAGACUUUAUAUUUUAUGUAAUUUUGCUUAUCUUGUUUUAUGGAUCUGUAUAUAUGUUCACAUGGACCAUCACAAUGGGGAAAAAUGUGAUCUCAGUGAUUUCAACCAUGGCAUGAUUGUUGGUGCCAGAUGGGCUGGUUUAAGUAUUUCUGUAACUGCUGAUCUCCUGAGAUUUCUACGCACAACAGUCUCUAGAGUUUACUCCGAAUGGUAUCAAACAAAAAAACAUCCACUGAGUGGCAUUUCUACGGACAGAAACACCUUUUUGAUGAGAGAGGUCAAUGGAGAAUGGCCAGACUGGUUCGAGCUGACAGAAAGGCUACGGAUCUCCGAUAACCACUCUGUACAAUUAUAGUGAGCAGAACAGCGUCUCAGAAUUCUCAACACAUCAAACCUUGAGGCAGAUGGGCUUCAACAGCAGAAGACCACUUCGAGCACUUUAUUAGGACCAUAGUGUUCCUAAUAAAGUGUUUGCGUGUGUGUAAUUAUUGUAUUUUUUUUACUGGAAAACUACAAAAAUGCUGAGUAAGAAAAUGCUGUGAGUUCAGUAGUAUAGAUUUAAUGGUGACCACAGUGGUGUUUAGAAUGAAUAAGCUAAAUCCCAAAGGUCUCAAAAUUACUAAAAAAGCGAUGUCUACAUAAGGGCAAAGACCAUAGUGCUUUAAUGCCAGUGCCAGACACACUGCAUAUAUGAUCAGUCUGUUGAAAUAUUAAUUUCAGAGGAACACAGUGACAAAUGGAGACAAAACAAAGGUUUUGGUUAGGUUGAAAAACGCCACUGGCAGUUUGCUAUGCUAAAGCUGCUGUUACAACACUGUUCUUCAUGCUGGUCGCAAACAAACUAUAUAGCUUUACAUUAAUGGACAUUAAGAAUAUAAUAUUCUAUGUUGUUCCACUGCACAGCGACACAGCAGGUCAGCGUAACCGCAAGUGUGCCAUCUAAAGUAAAGCCCUAUAUCCACACAGCAAGAGAGAAAAAGAAAAAUGGUAGUGAGGGGUUCACAUUCCUUCUAGAAACCCUCCCAGAUGAGCAGUUUCAGGAGAAUCUUUCUAACCAUGUUGUCUUUGGCCUUUAGGGGUCUAACAACCCACCAUCUACCCCCCUCCCCGCAAACUCUGACCUCCAGCCCAUCAGAGGACUCCAUUCAUCUGCUGCAGCAAUAGUGAACAAUCAUUGGUCCCCUCUACCAUUUGAACUAGUAAAAGUAUAGUGUUUUGUUUUUCUUUUUUCUCUCCCUCUUACUCUUUUGCCCUUCCUCCCUCUUCCUUCUCUCCUGCUCAAGUGGAACAUUGAUUCGGAAGUGACUCUUAGGUUUGUGUGCCUUGAGAACUCAAAUGCUGCAUACCUUCACAAACAGACACAUUGCUAAAACACUGUCAAUGUUGGGCUGUACUGUCGUUUAUGUGGAUGUCAUGUUUAUUUUUCCAUUACGAUAUUUGUUGUAUUGUGUAUUCUCUAUUAAUGUAUUAAUAUUUUAACUCAACCACAGCGGUUAACAUUAUUUUGUACAAGUUAUUUUUUCACAAUGUGAAAUUCAUGGCUUAAUAAAGAUAAGAGUUUUUCCUCUUGAUCGAUAUAAAAAUAUUUUUAUUUGGGUUUCUCCGUUUUCCUACCCCAUCACUGUGGUUAAGUGACAAAAAAAAAAAAAAAAAAAAUUUGUCAAGAACAUUUCCUGGUCCUAUUUCAAUUAAAAAUCAAAAGAUACAAAUAAAUUAUAAUUUGCAUAUAUAAAAUGAAGCCUAGUUUAAUGAC